CGAACACGUUUUUGAGAACUUCCGGGCUGAAAAUAUCCGUGUGUGUACGUUCUCGUUUCUCUGUGUCGGUAGAUGUGAGGUGACGUAAUCAACAUGACGUCAUCAGGAAAUACAAUAGAUGAUGAGGACACGUUUAAGAUCCUCGUCGCCACUGAUAUCCACCUGGGUUACCUGGAGAAGGAUGCCAUCAGAGGCAAUGACACGUUCGUUACGUUCGAAGAGAUCAUGAAGUGCGCAGAACAAAACGAUGUGGACUUGGUGUUGCUGGGUGGAGAUCUCUUCCAUGAAAACAAGCCUUCACGUAAAGCUCUGUACAGCUGCAUGGAGGUGAUGAGGAACUACUGCAUGGGCGAUAAACCGAUCCUGUUCGAGAUCAUCAGCGACCAGGCCGUCAACUUCGGGAACAGCAAGUUCCCGUGGGUGAACUACCAGGACAAGAACCUGAAUGUCUCCAUCCCUAUAUUCAGCAUUCACGGGAACCACGAUGAUCCGACCGGGCCUGGUGGUCUGUGUGUUCUGGACGUGCUGAGUUGUGCCGGUCUGGUGAAUCAUUUUGGACGCAGUCAUUCGGUGGAGAAAGUGGAGAUCAGUCCCAUACUACUGGAGAAAGGAAGCACCAAGAUCGCUCUGUACGGCCUCGGCUCGAUCCCGGAUGAGAGGCUGUUCCGGAUGUUUGUUAAUAAACAGGUGACUAUGCUCCGCCCCCGCGAGGACGAGAACGCCUGGUUCAAUCUGUUAGUCAUCCAUCAGAACAGGAGUAAACACGGUGCCACUAACUACAUCCCCGAGCAGUUUCUGGACGAUUUCCUGGACCUGGUGAUUUGGGGCCACGAGCACGAGUGUAAAAUCACUCCGGUCCGAAAUGAGCAGCAGCUUUUCUACGUUACGCAGCCGGGCAGCUCCGUUGUCACCUCACUGUCUCCUGGGGAAGCUGUCAAAAAGCACAUCGGCUUGCUCCGGGUGAAAGGCAGGAAGAUGAGCAUGCAGAAGAUUCCUCUACGCACAGUGAGACAGUUCUUUAUUCAGGACGUGACUCUUUCGGAUUUCUUCAGCCCUGAGAUGCCCAACGUCACACAAAAAAUGCAGGCUUUCUGCAUGCAGAAGGUUGAAGAGAUGUUGGAGGAGGCAGAAAGAGAGAGACUUGGAAACCCGCUGACACCCGACAAACCUCUCAUCAGACUACGAGUGGACUACAGCGGAGGAUUUGAGUCGUUUAACACGACACACUUCAGUCAGAAGUUUUUAGAACGAGUCGCGAAUCCUAAAGACAUCCUGCAUUUCAUCCGACACCGAGAGAGUAAAGACAUGAAAGAGGAGAUCACAGACUUCAGUUUACUCCUGUCUCGGCCGUCGUUUAACAUGCAGCACUUAAGAGUUGAGGAUCUCGUCAAGACAUACUUUCAGACUGCCGAGAAGAACAUGCAGAUGUCCCUGCUGACGGAGCAGGCCAUGAGCAAAGCCGUGCGGGAGUUCGUGGAUAAAGAUGAACGAGACGCCGUCGAGGAGGUCGUCAACUACCAGCUGGAGAAAACGCAGCGCUACCUCCGGGAACGACAGCUGGAAGUCACCGAGGAGAAGAUCGACGAGGAGAUUCGCCAAUAUAGAGACUCAAAGAAGAACACGGCAGAGGAGGAUGAAGAAGUGCAAGAGGCGAUUAAUCGGGCGCGAGCUAACAGAGACCGCCACGAUCCUGUAAGAGACGACGAUUUCAACCAGUUAGACGAAUUGUCCGAAGUCACCAUGGAUUCCGAUGAGGACGAUGCUCCGAUGCCGCCGGUUCGGGGAAGAGGGCGGGGCUCAAGAGCGAGAGGAGGGAGGGGCCAAAGUGGUGCAUCAAGAGGAACAGCACGAGGAGCUGGAUCUCAGGCAAGUCGAGGUGGGAAAGGCCAAAAAGCAGCUUUUUCAAGUCUGGGUAAAAGCAAGUCUAUAGUGGAUGCCCUGCAGGCUCCGAGAGGAUCCCGAGGUUCCACAAAAUCCUACGAGGAGGUGACUAUAGUGGAGAGCGACUCGGAGGACGAUGUGUCCUUUCUCAAGACGUCCCGGCCUGCACAGAAAUCCUCCUCUUUAUCCUCCUCCAGUAGGCGGGGCUCACAGAGCCUCAGCCAAUCAAGUAAAGGAGUUUGCUUUGAUGAGGAUGAUGAUGAUGAGUUUGACCCGUUUAAGACAGCAGGUCGUCGGGGUAAAAGAUGACUGGAUACAGCAGACCUCCCUCCUCCUGUGUGUCCAUCAUCCCUCCAUCACUCUCUCAUUUCUUUCUCGUUUCACUUCACCUGCUCCAUCAGUUUUUGUUCUGUGAGAGUUUACUGCAGCACGCACCCUCUUCUGUCCGAGUUCACUCGAAAGUUCACUGAAGUUCGAGCGCAGACCGUCCAGCUUUCAGAUUAGAUUUUAAUCAUCGUCUCUCUCUCUCUCUCUCCCUCCCUCUCUCUAACCUCGCGGUCCCGUCCGGCUCUGCGGGACGUCUCUUUCUCAGACGCGUUCACGCUGAGAGGUGUGUUUAUGGAGGUCAGCGAGUACUUCAGGAUGUAUGAUGUGUUCGAUAUUAGAACUAAUUCAGCAUUUUUAAAGACUGGUGAUGAUCUCCUCGUGUUCUCUGACGGGUUUUAUCCCAAUCUGGACUCUGUUCGUGUGUGAAACCUCUUUCUCACUAAACUCCGUCACAUUUCCCUGCUCCUGCCUGGUGUGUGUUUUCUCUGUUCCAAUUCAUGUACAUAUAUACAAACAGUGAAUACUCCAGUCUGAUUGGUCAGGAGGUUGGCGUUGUUUCUGUGUAACAGCUCGGCUCGGUCAGCGGAUCUGACAGGUUUAUGUUAAUGCGCUCGUUCUAAUACGUUAUCGUUGCUAUAGUAACAGCUCACACACAGGGACGUGUAUGGCGGACGCACCACUGAAUCGAACUCUAAUAAUGAACGGAUUGAAAAUGUUAGCUGUUGUUUAUCAAAAAUAAAAAUCCGUAUAAUCGUAGAUGUGGAAACAUUUAUUUAUUAACAGUCAUGGAAGGAGUCUCCAGUGUCAGCGCUUUGUAACACUCACAGUGCUUUGCAAGGCAAAAUGACAAGCUGUGCUUUUUGUGUGUGUGUGUGUGUGUGUGUGUGUGUGUGUGUGUGUGUGUGAGAGAGAGAGAGGCUUAACUGUAAAGUGUUAAAAUGUGUGACGUGUCGUUCAUGAAUAAAAUAAACACCGAAUCUCUGUGCUGUAAUCAGAAUAACACACUGCAGUCCGCGCUGUUACGGGAACAUUAUACACUUCACAUCCUGCCAUGUCUCUCUCUCUCUCACACACACACACACACACACACACACACACACACACGUUAUAAUCAUAGUGUAGUGUUAUUCCUCCACAUUGGCUAGUGUUGUUGAUAUUGUCCCUAAUCGUGACGUGUGUCCACCCGGUCACGUUCAGAACAGAGAGGAACAAACACGCGGCAUGUAAACGUUCUCACGCCAGUCAUUUUGAAAUGUAGAAUAUAUAUAUAUAUAUAUAUAUAGGGGUUAAGUGUGACUGACCUGCAGCAGGUGUACGUGACUCUGUGACUCACUUUACUGAUUCGAUUCUUUCCGUCAGCAGGUGUUAAUGACUCGAGCUGGUGUGUGUACUGGAGUCGCACGAUAGACCUCAUGCCUUCAGAUAUAAGUCAAAGGAGUGUCAGUUAUUUUGUGACAAGCAAACUUUUUUCCACCAUCAGAGUUUCACGAGGCAGUUGGUCGAGGCAGUUGGUCGAGGCAGUUGGUCGAGGCAGUUGGUCGAGGCAGUUGGUCGAGGCAGUUGAGAGCAGUAAUAACUUUCAUUUGGUUUCGUCCUUUUAGCUAACUUAAAGGGGCAGCAAAUGCUCAACAAUCAGCGCAGGAACACGCCGGUCAAGAGAUUUCAGGACUUUUUUUUAAAACAAUAAAUAUUUAAUAAAUAAUUUUAAGUUCUA